AUGUCUCCUGAACGCGAAAAAAUGGUAGAAACUAACAUAGCAAACUCAGAAAGUACGGAAAAUUACGCUAACGGUACGUCCUAUUUGCAACCCGUAAAUGACGAAGAAAUGUGUCGAGAAUCGAGACAGUUAGCGUAUGAUUUUGUCUAUGAAGUCGUUGGUGAGAAGAACCCUGUAUCUUAUAUUCGUAAAAGAUCUUCUAGUCGCUGUAUCAAGAAAUUAAAUCGCAUGACAAAGGUCAUGUUAGAGCGUCACGAUAUCCCAUUUAAAAGUGCUUGUACGAAGAUGAAACUAAGUAAAGAUGCUCCAGUAAGAAGAAUGCUGCAAUCGAUUGCUGCUGAAAUGUUCCGUAAUGGCUGCAACUGGGGACGUAUAACUGCAUUAUUUGCCUUAUGUCGAAAACUUGCAAUCAAUAGUAAAGAGCUUGGAUAUUACGACAUCAUAUACAAAAUAGCAGGAUGUUUGGCUGAUAUAUUAACUGGACAACUACAUAGUUGGAUCGCUGCCAAGGGAGGCUGGGAUGAGUACGUGAGCUACUUUAGAGAUACAGAAGAUGUACAAGAAGAUGCAAAAAAAUUUCUUAUGUAUACUACUUUAGCCCUCACGGCUUCUUUUGCAGUGGCGCUUGCAGUGUGGGAAAGAUGGUGA